GCUCGGCGGCUCGCGCGCUUCUUCCCGGCCAGGCGGGCGCCGGAGCUGCUGCUGGGCCCGCAUCGUCCCGCGAGGCGCCGGGCGGCUUCCACGGCCCGAGGGUCCGCCCGCAGGAAGCCCCACGCGCCGCCAUGCCGUCGCCGUGGUGCCGGCCGCGGAGGAGCCGGAGCAGCCGCUCGUCUGCUUCGCCGCCGGGCCCGGCCCUGACGCGGCUGCGGGGAGGAGGCGCAGGCGGAGGAGGAGGAGGCGGAGGCCCCCGCCGGAGCAGCGGCGGCAGCAGGAGGGCGGCGGCGGCAAGGAGGAGCAGCAGCAGCAGCAGCAGCAGCAGCAGCCCGGAGGGACCGGCCUCCCCGCGGCGGGGCUCGGGCCGCCACCCGAGGAGGAGGAGGAGGAGCAGCAGCAGCAGCAGCAGGGGCCGCAGCCGCAGUUCGGAGGAGGGCGCGGGCUCGGCGGGCAGCUCGGACUUCGAGGGGCGCCGCCUUCUUCCCCGCCGCAGCGGGAGCCUGGCAGCCAGGCAGCCCCAGAGACGGGCCCUGGGCAAGGCGGCGGCGGCGGCGGCGGCAGGGCCCGGGCCCAGCAGCAGCAGCAGCCUCUUCGCGGCGGUGGCGUCGGGCAAGAGCGCCCUGGAGUCCGUAGUCGAUGACUGGCUUGAGAGCUACAAGAAGGACCGGGAGUCCGGGUUCCUGGAGCUGUUCAACUUCCUCGUGUGCUCCUGCGGCUGCAGAGGUGUAGUGACCCUGGAGAACCUCAAGACUCUCCAGAACUCUGAGAUCAUCCAGCAGCUGACAGAAUCUUUUGAUGAGGACUCGGCAGACUACCCACUGUCACUGAACACCCUGUCCUGGCGACGGUUCCGGGCGGGGUUCUGUGAGUUCGUGGCCCUUCUUGUGCACCAUGCCCAGUAUGGUGUUGCCUAUGAUGAGUAUUUGAUGGACAGCCUCAUCGCUCUGCUGAUUGGCAUGUCUGACUCUCAAGUGCGUGCUUUCCGCCACACCAGCACCUUGGCAGCCAUGAAGCUGAUGACGGGCUUGGUGCGCGUGGCUCUGAGCAUCAGUCUGCAGAAAGACAACAGGCAGCGGCAGUAUGAAGCUGAGCGGGCCAAGGGGCCAAGCCGCCGUGCCCCAGAGAAGCUGGAAGGGCUGUUGGAGCAGCGGAAAGAGUUCCAGGAGAAGCAGGAGGAGCUUGAGAAUCUGAUGAAUGCUAUCUUCAAGGGUGUCUUUGUUCACCGCUAUAGGGACCUUGUGCCUGAAAUCCGUGCCAUUUGCAUUGAAGAGAUGGGCCAGUGGAUUCAGCAUUACAGCGCCUCCUUCCUGACUGAUGGCUAUCUCAAGUACAUUGGCUGGAUGCUGCAUGACAAGCAGGGGGAGGUCCGUCUCAAGUGCCUGCUUGCCCUGCAAGGACUGUAUCGCAGCCGGGAGAUGGCUGCCCACAUGGGGCUCUUCACCAGCCGUUUCAAGGAGCGGAUGGUGUCCAUGGUGCUGGACAAGGAGCCUCAGGUGGCCGUGGAAGCUGUCAAGCUGCUCACCCUCAUCUUCCAGAACAUGGAGGAUGUGCUGACAGAUGCGGACUGCGAAAUCGUCUUACCUCUGGUGUAUGCUUCUAGCCAUCCUCUAGCAGCUGCUGCUGGUGACUUCUUGUACAAGAAGUUGCUAGCACCAGAAGUGAGUGUCAAGGGAGAGGGACAGCACCGUGAGUGUACCAGAGUCUGUCUUCAGUUGCUGCUAGUCUUCUUCAUCGAAAGUGAGUUCCAUGACCAUGCAGCCUAUUUGGUGGAUAGUCUGUGGGGCUGUGCAGCUGCCUUACUGAAGGACUGGCCGGUGCUGACUGGGCUACUGCUGGAGGAGCCCCCUGUGGCGGGCUUGGAUGAUCGACAGGAAAGUGCCCUCAUCAUGAUCCUGCUGGCCAGCAUUCGGCAGGCCACAGAGGGGCAGCCGCCUGUUGGCCGGUUCUCUGGGAAGAAGGUGUCUUCUGCUCGGGAGCGCAAGACUCAAGCUGAGGACCGCCUGAGACUCACCCAGCACCUCAUCCCACUACUGCCCCAGCUGCUGGCUAAGUUUUCAGCUGAUGCCGAGAAGGUGGUACCUCUGCUGGAGGCCCCCCGUUACUUUGACCUGACUCUUUACAGCACUGGCCGCUUGGAGAAGUAUUUGGAGUUGCUGCUGGCCCAGCUGUGGGAGGUGGUGGAGAAGCACAUGGACCGUGAGGUGCUGGAGGCGGCUUCCCGGACUCUCCAUGUGCUCUGCCGUCCAGAAUUCACAUUCUACCGCCGCGUGGAUGUUGCUCGAAGCCGCCUUGUGGACCGCCUGGCAGACAGAUUCCAGCAGGAGGCUUCUGAACUGCUCCAGGCUUCGUUUUUGGAGACCGACGAAGCGUACAGUGUGGCUGCUACUCUUAAGCGCAUCGCCAUCUUUCACAGCGCUCACGAUCUGACCCCGUGGCACUUCUUUGAUCCCUGCAUCCGCCUCCUGCAGCACACAGUGGACACGGGCGAGAUCCCGAAGCAGGUGGCUCUCUCUGCUAUGACCUGCUCUCACUUCUCAUUGCUUUGGGAACUGGCCCACCUCUCAGAUGCCGCCUUCUCUGGGCCCAGCCCCAGCCAGGAGCAGCUGCUCAGCCUCAAGGAGAAAGUGUCUUCCUUUUGCGCCCUCUGUCAGAACUGCCUUGUUGAUGUGGACCCAGACAUCCAGGAGCAGGCCUUUGUGCUUCUGAGUGAUCUGCUCCUGAUCUUUGGCCCGCAGCUCGCCCGAGGAGGACAGGCAGUGCUGCUGCAGGGGUUGGUGAUUCAGGCGGAGCCUGCACUGCAGUCCCAGCUCUCCGGCUUCCUCGUGGACCAUGUCUUCAACCAUGCCCAGGCUCCAGACACGGAGGAGGACGAGGAGCGCCAGAUUGAGCAGCUGCACCAGCGCCGCAACCUGCUGGCUGGCUUCUGCAAACUUGUGGUCUACGGAGUCCUGGAGCUGAGCACCGCUUCGGAUGUCUUCAAGCACUAUGCCAAGUUCUACAGCGACUAUGGGGACAUCAUCAAGGAGACCCUGAACCGGGCCCGCCAGAUUGACCGGACCGAAUGGGCUCGCACGCUGCUCCUCAGCCUGCAGCAGCUGCUGACACAGCUUCUCCUGGAGCAGGGACCAGCAGGGGUGGACUCCGCGGCCUUCCUGGAGAUCCGGGACUUGGCGCGCCGGUUCUCGCUGCUCUUUGGGCUGCACCAGCUGCAGAACCGCCCAGCCCUGGUUGCCCUGCACAAGGAUGGGAUCAGGUUUGCGUUCCAGGAACCAGCAUCCCCCAACUCGAAGCUGGGCCUCAUCAGCCUGCCCUUCCUGGAGCUACUGAGUGAAUUCUCCCCGCGGCUGCUGCCUCCUGACAAAGCCCUGCUCCUUUCGUAUCUAAAGAAGACUUGCCAGGCACACCUCUCCUCCUCCGCUGGGCAUGGGAGAGAGCCCUUCUGGGGCUCCUUCACAGCAUAUCAGCGCUCCUUGAGCCCCCAGGAGGACGCGCCUGUUCAGCCUGGCUCAGCUGCCAGGAGGAGGCUCAGAACAGCUGCUAAGAGGAGGCGCCUGGAGGAGUCUACUGAGCAAGGCGAUGCCAGCCUCCCGCAGACCCCGCUGCUGACUUCCACCACACUGAAGGGGAAGCACCCUCUGACUGUACUUCCACUAGCACCAGAGGAUUCAGACUCUGAGUCGGAAUUUGUGCCAAGGCUGCAUCCGAUGGCGGCUGGAGAGGUGGUGCUGGAGGCCCCGGAGAGCGAGGAGGAGGAGGAGGAGGAGAUGCAGCAGCAGUAGCAGCACUUGGGCUCUGGGCCAGGGUUCCUGAGAUAGGGGGCAGGAUGGGAUCCCUCCCCUGCCCAGCCCGGCGGCUUCUUCCCAGAGUUGGUUGGCGCGUUGUGCCUUGUUGCGUUUCCUCUGGAGGAAGAGGCGGCCUCGGGGAGGUUUUCCGUUCCACUGUUGGUUCUUUAUUGGCUGGCCUCAUUAACCGUUGGUGAAGAAAUAAAGCCAGUUUGCUGAA